AUGAACAUAGAUGCUUACAUUUUGCCGAAAUUGACCUCUUCACUUCCUUCUCUUUCGCAUGAUAGAGAUGCAUGGUUGCAUCUGAAUAAUCUUCAAUUAGCCGAUCCAACAUUUAAUAAGCCAGGUUCCAUCGACCUAAUAAUAGGGGCUAACGUGUACCCUCAUAUCAUAGAAGAAGGUAUAGUAAGAGGAGAGCCUGAUACGCCUAUCGCUCAAUUAACCAAGCUUGGUUGGAUUGUAUCCGGGUUGGCUAGCCUUUGUAAAAUUAGUUCUCACGCUCAAGGUUAUCACGUUUCAGUUGAUGAGGAUCUUCAUGAUCUCCUUAAGAAAUUCUGGGAGACGGAAGAAGUUUCAGUUUCGAAUAAGACUUUAUCUAAAGACGAACAAGACUGCGAAGACCAUUUUGUAACUACUCAUUCUCGCGACACAAAUGGUAGAUAUAUCGUCAAACUUCCAUUUAAAGAUUCCCCGCAUAAGUUGGGAAAUUCAAAGGCUAAAGCCAUUCGACAAAUGACUAACUUAUAUCAUAAACUUUCUAAUAACGAUACUCAUGCUCAAUUGUAUAAAGAUUUUAUUAAUGAAUACGAAGCAUUAGAUCACAUGAAAAGAGUUGAUACGCAAAAUGAACCGGAUCUAGUAUACUAUCUUCCUCACCAUGGUGUUUACCGGGAACAUAGUCUCAGUACUAAAUUACGAGUCGUCUUCAACGGCUCCAGUAAAACAACUACCGGCUAUUCAAUAAAUCAGAUUCUUCAUUCGGGAGCAAAAUUGCAACUCAAUUUGUUCAACGUUCUUAUCUGGUUCAGACUAUUUCGAUACGUAUUUUUCGCAGAUAUUGAGAAAAUGUACAGACAGAUACAAAUACAUCCAGACGACUGGGAUUUUCAAAGGAUUGUAUGGAUUGAUCUCUUGGGUAAAUUUAUUAUAUUUAUUCUUCUUACCGUUACUUAUGGUCUGAAUUGUGCGCCAUUCUUAGCUUUACGUGCAUUCGAACAGUUGAUACGUGAUGAAGGACACAAGUUUCCUUUAGCUAUUCCAACGAUGAAAAAGAAAAGGUAUGUCGACGACUUCUUUGGAGGGGAAGAUACGAUACAAAACGCUCGUAGGGUCGUUGAGCAGGUAAAUAGUCUCUGCAUGGCGGGCGGUUUCCCGUUAAAGAAAUGGGUCAGCAACGAGCUAGAUAUUCUUAGCUCUAUUCCUGUCGAUCUACGACUUGAUAAGGCAUCAAUUCAAAUAGAAGAAUCCUCUAUAAUACAUACCCUAGGGUUGUCAUGGCAUCCAUCCAUUGAUCAAUUUAGAUUUACGUUGAAUCUUGAUGAGCCAAAAUUAAUCUCUAAACGUACUAUUCUUUCGACAAUUUCAAAAAUCUUCGAUCCAUUAGGAUUUAUUUCACCUAUCACCAUUUCUGGCAGAAUUCUCAUUCAGGAAUUGUGGGCUAGUGGACUCGGUUGGGAUGACGAACUUCCUACGGUCCUUCUUAACAAAUGGAAUCGAUUCAUAUGUCAAUUACAAGAAGCAUCCAGUUUCACAUUCCCUAGAUGGAUUGGGUUCAAUUCCACCGAUUCAUUUGAAUUACAUGGAUUUAGCGACGCGUCUCAGAAUGCAGCAGCAGCAGUGGUUUACUUACGUGCUUGUUCUACUGAUCAAUCUGUUACCAUCACUCUUGUAGCGUCAAAGACAAAGGUUGCACCUUUAAAAAGAUUAACUAUACCACGACUUGAACUUAUAGCAGCUGUAUUACUUGUCAAAUUAAUUCAGUCGAUUCUUCUUACUCUAGAAAAGCCUAAAUUACCCGUCUUUGCAUGGAUAGAUUCGCAAGUGGUUUAUCAAUGGAUUACCAAUCAUCCUUCUCGAUGGAAGGAGUUUGUACAUAACAGAGUUGUUUUUAUUCAGGAUACUUUACCGCAAUGCAAGUGGGGUUUAGUCCCAGGUGUACAAAAUCCAGCAGAUUUAGCUACAAGAGGAAUUUCUCCCUCACAAUUAAAUGAAAGUUCCAUGUGGUGGAGCGGUCCUGAAUGGUUGUCAAGCCCAAAUUCUGCGUGGCCACAAAUUCCUUCAUCCCUUAUUUCUGAGAAUUUAGAAGAACGCGAACACCGAAUUUGUGUUUUUGUAACUAAUCAGCAUCCGGAAGUUUGGGAUCUUCUCACAAAAUACUCGAACCUUACUAAGUUAUUACGAAUUACAGCCUUAUGUCGAAAAUUCAUUCGUAAAGCUCAUAAAGAUACUAAAUCUGAAUUAACUCCCUUUCUUUCAGUCAAUGAUAUCAAUAAUGAGAAAUAUUUUUGGAUCAAAAUUGUUCAACAAUUUUCAUUCUCACCAGAGCUUAAAAUUCUAUCGCAAGGACAUUCACUUCCUAAAUCGAAUCCCUUGACUAAACUUGCUCCUUACAUAGAUUCCAAUGGACUUCUACGAGUAGGUGGACGACUUCAACAAUCAUUACUUUCUAACGAAGCAAAACAUCCUUUCAUACUACCCAAAGAAUCUGCUUUUACUACUUUGAUUAUAGACGAUGCACAUUCUCGAACCCUCCACGGAGGAACUCAGUUUACGCUGUCAUUUAUUCGACAAACUUAUUGGAUUAUUAGAGGUCGGAUACCGGUAAAGUCUUUUAUUCUAAAAUGCGUCAAAUGUAUUAGAUUUCGGCAACAGCGAGCUCAGCAACUUAUGGGUCAACUCCCUGUUGAAAGAGUGGUUCCCGCUAGACCAUUUCUACAUUCAGGUGUAGAUUACGCUGGUCCAUUUACAAUUAAAACUUGGAGAGGAAGGAACGCUAAAACCUAUAAAGGUUACAUUUCAUUAUUUGUUUGUUUAGCAACUUCUGCGAUUCACUUGGAACUUGUUACCGAUUACACAUCUGAGGCCUUCAUUGCCGCAUAUAGAAGAUUCAUUUCCAGACGCGGUAUCUGUGCUACUCUCACUAGUGAUUGUGGUACUAAUUUUCAGGGAGCAGAUAAAGAACUCAAACGAUUGUUUUCUGCCGCAUCUGAUGAGUGGAAACAUAUAUCAUCCAGUUUGCUCAAUAACGGCACUCAAUGGAAAUUUAACCCUCCUUCGGCACCUCACUUCGGAGGAAAGUGGGAGGCAGGAGUUAAAUCAGUCAAAUACCAUUUAAAGCGUACAAUAGGGGAUACUUUGCUAACCUAUGAAGACAUGACUACUCUUCUAUUCCAAAUUGAAGCUGUUCUGAAUUCACGCCCUCUAUGUAGGUUGUCUGAUGAUCCGGAUGAUCUGUCCAUUUUAACACCAGGACAUUUUCUUAUAGGAGAAGCGCUUUCGACUCUUCCUGAACCUUCUCUAGCACUAGUUCAGAUUUCUCAUUUAAACAGAUGGCAACUGUUGCAACAGAAACUCGAAAAUUUCUGGUCACAUUGGUCUAAAGACUAUCUUCAGAGACAACUCUCAAUCUACAAGUGGAACCAAGUUAAUCCUUCGAUAGCUGUAGGAACUGUAGUUUUGAUUGUUAACGAUAAUUAUCCACCUUCUAAGUGGCCACUUGGACGAGUCAUAAAAACCCAUCCGGGACCUGAUGGUCAUACGCGAGUCGUAACAGUUAAGACUCAAUUCUCUGAACUUCAACGACCUAUUACCAAGAUAUGUCCUCUUGAUGUCAAUCAAACUCAGUUGUAA